CCACCGAGAUCCGCAGGAGCAUCAAGGAGCUCAUCAGCAGAACCGACUUUUGGGGGGAGGUUAAGAGACCAGGUGAGAGUCCAGCCCGUGGCCAGGCCUCCCACCGGUUGCGCGGAGGCCACUGAGGGUAUUUCGGCCGCGAUGACAGGAAUGGCACAGGGGAGCACGGGGGUCCGUGCAGAGUCGGGCUCUGCGGGCUGAACCGUGAGGCACCGGGGCUGCUGCACUGUGGCUCUCGGAAUCCCCAGUGAAGACGCUUCGCCGUCUGCAAGGGUCCCGCCGUGCGGAAGCUCCAGCUCCAGCCGCGCCCGCCGCGCUCCACUCGGGCCCAGCAGACGCCGCAGUUCCCAGCUUCAGACGCCCUGGCGGAAGCCGCUGCCGAGCCGCCCGAGCUCGCGGCUGCAUCCGGGUCCCCGGCGCCUUGCCCAAUCAAGGGCCUCGUCUCUUCACACCCCUCCUGUUUCUCCGCCCCUCCCCGCGCCGCCAAUCCCUGAUCAGAUCUCAGCCGAACAUGCUGGCUGGGGAGUGAAGGCGCCGGAGGACCAAUGAAGUCUCGCUUCCCGUUUGAAGUCUCCAGUGGGCGGGCGUCGGAGGCGGGCUCUGCCAGCCAGGAGGUUCGGUUGCGCGUGUGCCAUGGACUCAGCCGCCCGGUGAUAUUGACAAUAGGAGAGAGAAAGGGGCAUUGACGGGGACCCUGCGCGGGUAGCGAACGGCGGCUCUGGCAGCGGCGGCUCCGGCGGCUCCAGCUCCUCCUCCCGACUCCCGUGCUCGCUGCCGCUGCAGAUCCAGGCUUCCUCUCUCCUCCCCCCUCCCCGCGUCGCCGCCGCCGCCGCCGCCGGGUCCGGUGCAACGAGCAGAGGCGCCGCCCGCCGGGAAUGUGAGCGAAGAGCCACCGGCCGAGCCGCAACCGGGUCGGUACCGAUUUGAUGGGACGGGCCCGCGGGGGAGGCGCGUGAGGCCGCCGCUGCCACUGCCGGAGCGCUGAGGUUUGGGGCCAGCCGAGAGGCCUAGAAGCACCGCCGCCACCGCGGAACCGGAGGGACGUCGCCCCGGACUGCUGUAGCCCGGGGCUCUCCGCCGCUGCCCGGACCUCCCCCUGUGCGUCCCGGGCCGCCGCCCGCCCCCGCCGCGGCCCCUAGCCUGCCGCCCGCCCAGCGCAGCCACAGAUCAUCUUCGAUUCUUCCCCAGGAGCUUCAAGUAGGGAUAUGUCCUCAGCACCAACUACUCCUCCAUCAGUGGAUAAAGUAGACGGAUUUUCUCGGAAGUCCGUCAGAAAAGCCAGACAGAAGAGGUCGCAAAGCUCCUCACAGUUUAGAUCUCAAGGCAAGCCCAUUGAGCUCACACCUCUGCCGCUGCUGAAAGACGUUCCAACCUCAGAGCAGCCUGAACUGUUCCUAAAGAAACUUCAGCAGUGCUGUGUCAUUUUUGACUUCAUGGACACGCUAUCUGAUCUUAAAAUGAAAGAGUACAAGCGCUCCACUCUUAAUGAACUGGUGGACUACAUUACAGUAAGCAGAGGUUGCCUGACAGAGCAGACUUACCCUGAAGUAGUUAGAAUGGUAUCUUGCAAUAUAUUCCGAACUCUCCCUCCUAGUGACAGCAAUGAAUUCGACCCAGAAGAAGAUGAACCUACCCUCGAGGCGUCGUGGCCCCACUUACAGCUUGUAUAUGAAUUUUUCAUACGAUUUUUGGAAAGUCAAGAAUUCCAACCCAGCAUUGCCAAAAAAUACAUAGAUCAGAAAUUUGUAUUACAGCUUCUGGAGCUAUUUGACAGUGAAGACCCCCGAGAACGGGACUAUUUAAAAACAGUUUUGCACAGGAUUUACGGCAAGUUUCUCGGGCUUAGAGCAUUUAUCCGAAAACAAAUUAACAAUAUUUUUCUAAGGUUUGUUUAUGAAACAGAACACUUCAAUGGUGUAGCUGAACUGCUGGAAAUAUUAGGAAGUAUUAUCAAUGGCUUCGCUUUACCACUGAAGGCAGAGCACAAACAGUUCCUGGUCAAAGUGUUGAUCCCUCUGCACACCGUCAGGAGCCUGUCACUCUUCCAUGCCCAGCUGGCGUAUUGUAUAGUACAGUUUCUGGAGAAAGAUCCUUCACUCACAGAACCAGUUAUUAGGGGGUUAAUGAAAUUUUGGCCUAAAACAUGCAGUCAAAAAGAGGUCAUGUUCCUUGGGGAGCUGGAAGAAAUCUUGGAUGUGAUUGAACCGUCACAAUUUGUUAAAAUCCAAGAACCUUUGUUUAAACAAAUUGCCAAGUGUGUUUCCAGCCCCCAUUUUCAGGUGGCAGAAAGGGCACUCUAUUAUUGGAAUAAUGAAUACAUCAUGAGUUUGAUAGAAGAAAACUCCAACGUCAUCCUUCCCAUCAUGUUCUCCAGUCUUUAUAGGAUUUCCAAAGAGCACUGGAAUCCGGCUAUUGUGGCACUGGUGUACAACGUGUUGAAGGCCUUUAUGGAAAUGAACAGCACUAUGUUUGACGAGCUGACAGCCACAUACAAGUCAGAUCGUCAGCGUGAGAAAAAGAAAGAAAAGGAGCGUGAAGAAUUGUGGAAAAAAUUGGAGGAUCUGGAGUUAAAGAGAGGUCUUAGGCGUGAUGGGAUAAUUCCAACUUAACAACAAUCUGACCACGACAUCACUAGCCCAUGGGGUCACACGCUUAUGUAGUAGAAGGAUGGAGCAACAGUUUUCUGUAUUGUGCAACUUUACAGUAGAUUUCACAUCUGUCUCAUUAUUACAACAGCACUGUAUAUACCUGUCUCUAAGUAAAGGAAAACAUAAGGACUUCAAUCCAAAGUUUGGACAGUAGAUGGACUUCUCAGAACUUUGCAAACAUAAUCAUUGUUCUAACCCUCUUUAAAACAAAACAAAAGGUCUUCAGAGAUCUGUUGGUGAAAUUGCUAUGUUAAAAUUCCAUUAUCAGGAGUUCCUUAUUUAUCACUAGCAGAGAGUAUGAUACAAUUUUCAAAUGUGAACAAUCUUAAAUUUAGCUUGUCUUUCUGCUAAGCUGUUCAAUGUAUUUAUAGUAAAGGAAGAAAAGAUUGUCAUUUCUUUAUAAGUUUGUACAACACCCUCCUCUGGACAACUUGACUGUAAUCUGACAUUCUUUCCUUUUGCACAUCUUCAUGAGUCGAAUGUUCACGUGGAAUGGGGCAGUGAAUUACAGAGGUCCCUGGUGAAAUCUAUCUGCUGGGCGAACAUCUUCCCAGUGCCCAGGUGUUCUGGUACUCCUUUAGUUUUCAGAUUAGGAGUAAAAAAAGAAGAGGUGAUGAUAAGCAUAAACAAGAAGAGGAGAUAAGCAUAGUAGCAAAGGGAAUGUUGGGCUUCGUAUCAAAUAUGGUGAGUCCGAAUCAAUGUCUUGAAUCCUUUGAAAACAGGCAGCGGGACGCGCAGGCUUCAGCACCUGCAGCAUUAGCUGCAGACGACAUUGUGCAUCCAGAGCAGAGACAAUUUAGAAAUGUCAGAGAAACAUCCUUCCCGACCCUAUGAAGUAAGAAAGACAGAACACUAAGUGAUAUAACCAUGAAGCUGAGCACCAGGACUGCGCAUCCAACUGGGAACCCAGUUGAGCGAACAGCACGAACUGUUUGGAGUUGUUGCCUUACUUUCUAAUACGUACUUAUAAAGUAUUUCAGCAAGAGGAUGCAGCCUCUGGGGGAAACAAAACAUGUUCCAGUGUUUUUGUAGAGUCUCGUUCCAUAGCUCCUCACAGCGCCAGCCCUGUUUUUAGCCAGAAAGGAUUCAGGAUCAACAUUAUGCAUUCUGCUAUGGAUGCAUAUUCCUAACUACUGUAUUUGUUACCAAAAGUGGUUCUACAAAUGCUACUGAAAAAAAUCUGGAAAUCCCUAAUGUCCUGAGUAUUAAUAAUAAAGUUUAAAAAAUGCUUUUAUAUCAAAGGUGCAUUGUGACCACAUUGUUUAAGAAGAAAACAAAACACAAAACUAGAUGUAUCUUACUGGCUCUCUGCUCUGUAUUAAAGGAAGAAUCUUACUUGGGUAGGCAAAUUGCUGAUGUACUGGUGUGCAGUAUGUAUUUGCCUGAUGUGGUUGCAUUGCUGUGUACUGACAAAUUGUGUUGUGAGGUUUGUUUCCAGGGAAGCCUUUGCUUGUUAAAGACAGGGCAGCAGUGAGCCGAUAACCCCGAACCAUCAUGUCCAGCAGUGUUCAUGGAGUAGAGCCAAUUCUGUGUUCAUGUGUUGAGUUGUGAUAAUAGCUAACAUGAACACAUGAACUGUUGUUGCUCUUAAUAGAAAUACUGUAUAAAUA